CAUUCCUCGUCGAAAGCAAACACCAGCUUUAAUUAGCACGCCCAGCCUCAGUUUUAAAAAUGAAGAUUCGAUCGUGGCUCAUUUCGGACUCCAUCCUCGCCGCUAUUUCGGAUCCCAGCGAGGAAGACGAAGGCGAGCGAAAGCAAGCGCUGUACCGAUGCAUUCUCGCCUUCUUUUCCUUCUUCAAGCUAUUUCUAGCACGGUAUCGGGCAGCCAACUUUCGCGAUCUGCGCUUCAACGCCUGGAAGCUUGACGAGGACGAGUACCAUAGCUCUUUUCGCCAAACAACCCACGAUGACGACAGCCGAACGAGCAGCAGAGGCAAAGUAACAGCGCGCGCCUGCCUGAAGCCCGUCGGCGACCUCGGCUACAGUGGCUCGACCUUUUUUACGACAAGCAACGCAAAGUUCAUGAUCAAGUCGCUACCGCGCCGAUUCGAGCACACCUUCUUCACGCACGAGCUCCUCGACCCAUACAUCUCCCACAUGCGUCACCUGCCACACAGCCUGCUGGUGCGCAUCACCGACAUGGUCUUCACGCCACUGCCCACGCUCGGCGGCAUCUUGGGACUCGCGCCAACGCACCACAUCAUUAUGGAAAACCUGCUUUACGGACAAGGGGCAACAAGCGGUGCAGGCGAGUACUGGGAGUCGUACGACCUCAAGCCAAACGACUACUUCUUCCCCGAGCGCGACCUAGCCGGGGGCAGGCUGGCGCCUCAAAGCGUCAAGGACAAGCUCAUCGACGAGUUCCCAGAUAAGAUCAAGGUCACGGAGCAGCAGAGGCAGCAGCUCCUCGAAACGCUGGGUAACGACACGCAGCUGCUGGCAGACCACAACGCCAUUGACUACUCCCUUUUCCUGGUACGGUACCCGGGGCCCAAUCACCCCUCCUGGCAAGGCGGCGACGACGACGAUACGAACGAUGCGGCUAGCGAUUCGGGCUUAAUAUCGAGGGCCGGCGGAGCGCUAGGGGGCGUGCCCGUGGUUUCAUCAGACGCGAACUCUUGGAGGACCGGGAUUCUGGACGUAGAGGGGCGGUGGACUUACCGGGUCGUGGUGCUGGACUUUUUCUGGGCGCGACACAAGUUCCAGGCGCGGGCCAUGACGUCGCUCGUCAAGCUAUUCAACAAGCUCGCGCACAAAGGCCCCAUGAGCAUCACUGCCGACCCGCCGGAGUACAGGCAGCGGUUCUUGGGAAUGGUGGAGGAUAUUGUUGUCAUUGCGAGGGUGUGAUGGGAUUCCAUGUCGCUGCACAGAUUGUUGUAGGGGAGGGUGCCAGGCGGGGAGUGGACGGGUAGCUUAGGAACCCUGCAGGCAACAUUCAAGGAGGGGAACAUGGAGACGGGAUUUUCCCAAUGUGGGAGGCGAUGCAAUAGAGACAGGCAGCGAGCGACAUGGGCCAUUCCCAGCGAGCACGAAUGGGAACAGUGGCCCCCAAGACGUUGAAUGGUUUGUCACAGGAAGACUUGGACGAGACGAAGCCCAUGAUCAAACCAAAAGGCACUCCAACGGCUGCGCAGGGCCAGAAGCACCCGAGGACAGCUGCGUGGCCUCGCAUAAGACGCGAGCAAUUUCCAUGUAGUAAGCAAGCGCCUCUCCGCCACACAAAGGUUGUUUGGCGAGUACUUGAAGUUGCAUUGGUUCCCAGCUCCAAAGGGCGACACGACUUGGUUGGGGAUGGACCCUGCGGCGCGCCAAAGCCCCCGGCUUGGCGACGGCCCCA